GACAAGUCGAGCGUCAUCUCCUCCAACUGUUAGGGUUUGACCUCCGCUCUGCAACAUCGGCGAGAGCGGGCGCGAGAGCGAUGGGGGAAGAAGAGAGCUGCGAGAAAGCAGGGCCCGUGUUCAGGGACAUCAGGCGGUACUACUGCGAGUACUGCGGGAUCUGCAGGUCCAAGAAGUCCCUCAUCACUUCCCACAUCCAGUCGCACCACCAGGAUGAGGUGGAAGCGGCAAUGGCUCAAGGUGUCGAGGGGAAGGAGGGAGCGAAAGCUAAUAAUACCUGCGAAGAAUGCGGUGCCACGUUCAAGAAACCCGCGUACUUGAGGCAGCAUAUGCAGGGCCAUUCGCUCGAGAGGUCUUUCAAGUGUUCUAUAGAGGAUUGCCCUGCUAGCUAUAGGAGAAAAGACCAUUUGGCUCGUCACUUUCUUCAGCAUAAAGGCAAGAUUUUCAGCUGUCCUGUUGAUGGUUGUAAUAAGUCAUUUGCAUAUCAAGGGAACAUGAAGAGGCACUUGAAUGAAAUUCACAAUGAUGAGGAACCAUCAACGUCUGGUGAAUGCAAGAGUCUGAAGCAGUAUGUUUGUCCGGAGGUUGGGUGUGGAAAGGUUUUCAAGUUUGCAUCGAAGUUGCGAAAGCAUGAGGAUUCUCAUGUCAAACUAGAGACUGUGGAGGCUUUCUGUUGCGAGUGCAUGAAAUACUUCAGCAAUGUUGACUAUCUGAAGGAGCACAUGCGGUCGGCUCACCAAUUAGUCAAUUGCGACAUAUGUGGCACUAAGCAGUUGAGGAAGAAUAUCCAACGGCAUCUCCGCACGCAUGAGAAGAAAAAUUCAGCUGAUUCAGAAGCAUUCAGAUGUGAUGUUGAGGGUUGUCUCAGCAUUUUUUCAACAAAAUCAAAUUUACGUCAGCAUGUGAAGGCUGUUCAUCUUGAGGUGAGGCCAUUUGUAUGCGGCCAUAAGGAUUGUGGCAAGAAGUUUGCGUAUAAGCACGUGAGAGACCAUCAUGAGAAAACUGGUUGCCAUGUUUACACUCCAGGUGAUUUUGAGGAGUUAGAUGAGCAAUUUCGAUCUAGGCCCAGAGGCGGAAGAAAGAGGAAAUGUCCGACGAUCGAGUCCCUAUUGCGAAAAAGAGUUACUCUACCCAACGAGCUAGCUUUCCUAUCGGAUUAGUGACUGGAGUCUCUUGGCAGCACUUGGCAGCAGCGGAGGGUUAUGUAUAGGAGCUGUGGUUUUUGGCUUUAUAGGCUGAGCAAGGGGACAAAUUCACUCAUCAUCCUCCUGUCUCCUGUCUGUAGUUAGUAGAUAGAGCUUUCUAUUGUUUUGUAUAUGAAGAUAAGAGAGCGUGUUAAUAAUCCUUAGCAAAAGAUGCUUGUGAUGAGCUAUUGUCGGCUGUACAUUAUGCAAUAUAAUAGUAAAAUUCAACUGAACCAUUGGUCUCA